UCUAAAACAUCUAAAAGUAUUGAAAUUGAGAAAGCAAUUUCAUUUUAUCAAGAUAAGUCACGUGUUAACAAUACGGAAAAGGUGACAAAAAACUGGCUAGAGCAUUUUGAAAAGUUUCGAAAAAGUAUGAUAGAAGUUUAUCCACAUGACAAAAACUAUAAAACUGAAUUAAAAUCUAUUUCUGAGUUAUCUAUACUAGAUAAUCAACGUGAAGUUAUAGGUGGUGCAGCACAAAAAGUAUCAAUUCCAGCAGAUUCACCUAAUUUUAGAGGACCAUGCUAUGAUUAUCAGACUGGAAUUUGGUAUCGCAAACAACAUAUCAGCAGAAAUUCCUUAUCUGGAUUUAUGAAAGAUCUUGUUCAUAAAACUGGUAUUGAAGUUGAUGGCCUUUUAACAAACCACUCUGGACAAAAAACAGCUGCACUUUCUAAACUACGUCCACAUGCAA